AUGGUCUUUGAAACGUCAAACUCAACGCCCCCCAGCCUUUCCAUACCUUCUACCCACACUGUCAUCCUGUUUCUCUACAUAUAUUUGAAUGUCGUCGAAAUCUGGUGGACGCUGAUCUGGCGGCUCAUCUGCGCCUCAACUUUCCUCUUAUACAGGCUCCUUUUCAAUCCAGAGAAAAAGACUGUAAAGAAGGAGUUUUCUCCUUGGAAGAACCCCAACGCCAACGUCGUUGUAUCAUACAAAGACUUUCGUCGUGUUGAAAUCCCCUACAAGUCAUACGAAAACAAGAAGGUCGUCUUCACCCGUUGCUCUGGGAAAACCCCAGAGAAGCGCAUCCUGAAGGGCAAGUGGGGAGAAGUCCAUGAGGAAGUCAAGAAGCCCCAUGCGUAUCACGACAACGGCGAGCCCUGUUGGGAUCCCGAGUGCCCGGAAUUCGAUGCAAGUCAACUACGGCAGAGGGUACUCCCCGAGUUGAAGAAAGAAGACUAUCUGAAGGAGGAGGCCGGCUUCAUCAGAUCUUUCGAAGACGCACUCAUACCUGAAGAUAUCCCUCGCGAACCCGCCCCCAUCAAGCCCACCCGCAAGCGCUUCUCUCAGCACUCUGUCUUCAUCCAAACCAAGCUUUCUGCCUCCAAGCUCAAGGCCAAGUGGAGACUCGCCAAGAUGAGGAAGGAGGAAACGCGAAGAAUGGCAAAGAUUGAGAAGAGCUGGGCGUGGGAGGUGUCGGAAAUUGCGAUGUUGAAGAAGGACCAGGCGGAUCAAAAGGCGGAAGCGGACGCUGCAGAGAAGCUCUUGGCCGAAGCGCGUCUCCCACCUCAACUGCCUCUCUUUGCCAAAACAGGUACUGAGCCCGGAAGCCAUACUGUGGCUAUCGUGGUGACCCCACCAAUGAGCUCUUCCACUUCUCUCCUUACAGAGUCCAGCCCAUCCACGUCCGCACCGUCUACGGCACACACCACUCCUGUCUUGUCCCGCGCAUCCUCCAUGUCCUCCAUGUCUUCAUUCUCCACCCUCUUCUCAUCGUCAACCGGCCCUGAUCGCGAAAACAAGAAGAGAAUCUCCUUCGCCUCCAGCAGAUCCUCCGCUCCAGUCUCCGAGACCAUUCGCAAGGCGCCUUGCGCGAGAGCAAAAGCCGCCAAAGGCGCUCGGGCUGUUUAA